GAAAACGGAUCUGAAAUUAAGGCCCAAAUAAAUGAUCCAUGAAUUUAUUCUAUUUUCGUAUGUUAUCGGUUAUUUUCGCUUUCGCAGAUCCGCUUGCCACCGUAAAGAGAGAGAAAUAUGCCGCUUCCGACAUUGAUACCAAGUUGCAGCAACAGAAUCUGUUGCUUCUCGACAAAGGUUGUUCGAAGGGGAGUGAGAAGCAAAGCAGAAAUCGAAACCCAACUCCUCCGAUUCAAAAACAAGCAAGCUUCUUGGAGGGCUUGGUUCCACCUUUAAUAGCUGCAUUCGUAGCCUUAUCUCCCAUAUACACCAAUACCCCAGUGUCACUUGGACAAACUAUAGAGAUAGAGAGAGGUGCCAAAUUGUUUCGUCAAGCUUGCAUUGGCUGUCAUGAUGGUGGAGGAAACAUAAUUCAACCAGGUGCAACACUCUUCUUGAAGGAUCUACAAAGAAAUGGAGUUGAUUCAACGGAAGAGAUAUUCCGCGUGACAUAUUAUGGAAAGGGAAGAAUGCCAGGUUUUGGUGAAAGUUGCACGCCAAGGGGCCAAUGCACAUUUGGGGAACGUUUACAGGAUGAAGAGAUCAAACUCCUGGCUGAGUUUGUGAAGUUACAGGCUGAUCAAGGAUGGGCAAACAUUGCAAGUACAGAAGAUUGAUUGAUUCCUUGGCAGAAAAGGCAAUUUGCCUCAGCUUCACCGUUUCUGGUAGGAGUAGCCUUGUCAAUUGAUAAGAUUAUUCUUACUUGAGAAUGUUUUCUUGCACCUUUGCUCAUAGCACGCAUAUUUGGUUAAGAUUUUAUCAGGUAUCCUAAGUUUCUUCGUCUGCAUAUAACUCUGAUGGUUUUGGCACCUAAAAAAACCUUGCACUAACCUUGCAUUGUGUUGAGAUUUAGAAAGCUUGUAUCUCAUUCCGAUUGGGCCGAUGGUCAGGCCCAAGAUCUUCUUCAUUUGGGCCGAUCAUAAUGUACAUUGGGAUGGAGACUGGAGUAUGAAACCUUUCAUACUUAGUUUUUCUCCCUUUAUGUUGUGUUCUUUUUCUGGCUUUAUUAUUCUAAGCAUGUGACAGGCUUGCUUAGACAAAGAUUCUUAUUGAAACAUGGACACUUUCUCUA